GGACGGGAUACGUCCCUCUGAUGUGGUCCCGACAUUAAGCGCAGGCGGCCCGUCGGUAUCAAACGCAUCGAAUCGUGGCCUUUGGAGAUUUGGGCCUUGGGAGCGUGCGAGGCUGCGGAGCGCUGGCCUCGUUUGGUGUAGUUGUGUUGUUGUUGAUGUUGUUUUCUGGGGGGUUCACAUUGUGCGUAUAAGCGGAAGAUCGGUUGAACAGCUGCGAAGUAGAAGCCCGAUGGAUUGUGCGCUGUGGAAGAGCUUCCCGGCGGACCUUCUGGAGAUAGUGCUAUUGUAUGUGCCAAUUCCCGAGCUGUGUCGGCUCCGAGUGGUGUGCAAGAGAUGGGCUGCGUUGACGAAGGAAGAAGAGUUUAAGUUGAAGGCCAAGCCACAAACUGGUUAUCUGUUCCGGACACCUGACGUGAUCACACCCAACGACAACGAGUGUAGCUGGGAGAUCCGUGACCCGAGUACCCAAAGCCUCUAUGUGCUAAGUGAUACCUUUCUCUACGACCAUCUGAACGAAAAGAUCGAAAUAGCCGAUAACUACCAGCGCUCCACACUCGCCGCGGACAAGGGGUGGUUGGCCGUGCUCUGGAUCACUGGAGAUGGGGAGGAUGAGGCCAUGUUCGUGUGCAAUCCGGUAACGAAAUCAUUCAAGGAACUUCCCCCGCUCUUCUCCAACUCCGCUGCAAAAUACUUCAACCCUGCCGUGGCGUUGGUGGUCGCUGACGACAUGCUGAGUUACAAACUAUUUGUGGUCCAGGAGUACGGCAUUGAAGACCCAGCGAGAAAGCGCUGCUUCGUCUACAACUCCAGUGUGGGUGAAUGGCGACCAUUCGCACACCCUCCACCAACCCUCACGCCGUGCCACAUACUGAAGGUGGACACUAUCUUGUACACAAUCUUCCGCGACAUGAACGAAAACCAUGUAUCGCUACGGACGUACGCAAUUUACUCUUACGACACAAAGACCGACCAAUGGACUGACUUGGAGGUGGAUCCGCCCGGAGAUUGUUUCAUUCCUCAGCUGGUAGCCUGCUCAGGCGAUUUGUUUUUCAUCGGCUACAACGAUGAGGAGAUUUCCAUUUCAGAGAUCGACGCUGCCGGGAAGCAGCUCAAUUUUGUUGCGACGAUGGAAGACGAAAAAUAUCACGAUAUGCUUCCCGACUACGACUCUACAUAUGGUGGCCACUGGAGUCCUUACAUCGAUUGCAUCGGCACGGGUGCUAAUCUUCUUGCUGUGGGAGACGACCAAGGCUGCAUCCACUUUUCGUCAGUGACAGGCGAUAGCGUGUCCUACGACUUGAAUGAGGAGGAGUGGUUUGAGGUGGAAGGUAACGGCCUCGCGGGUCAUAUGGAUUUCGAAGAAGAAAGGGCGGGGUUGUUUGGCAACUUCAUUCGUCUCUCUUCGGCUCCAGUUCCCUCUAAAGACUCCCCUAAGAUUUGAAUAGGCUUCAGGUCGGCAACUCAUCGAUUAGCCCUAUCAAAGUCAAUUGCAUGGAAGAGCAAAGUACGUCGUCCCCCGCUGAAAAACAACGAAACCCGUUGAGAAUCUGUGCAGAAUGAAUGGAGACGGAUUUCUUUGAACUGGGUGUUGUCAUUUUCCUCAGUCGGCAUGACGCACCCUUCUCUGCUGGCAGCAGUUUCUCCCCCAAACCUCGAGGCUUAGUGUUUUUCGCUGUUGGUGGCGCCUCACACAGUUGGUUACGUUCGCUCUACGCGGAGGCACCCGAUGUGACUCUGGUGUUGUGGAGAAGCUGUUCUGACAGCUAGUGAUGUCCACAGAUGUUCGACAUGCUACUUUGCUGUUGGUGGCGUGAAACCCUAAACUUGGUAUCUUGGGCUAUGGCCGGAGGCGCAUGAUGCGGCCCUGCUGUUGUGGAGUUCUGACAGCUGAUGACAUCUACGGGUCUGAGCAAUUGAUGUGAUAAUGUAAUUGCGGAUGGGAUUACAGUAAGUCGGUAUCCCAUUUUAGGUGAAAUUUUCAUACUUUGAGAAGUUGAAAAUGCUUUACACAUUGCAAGGAAUUCAUCUGUACAACUGUUGGGAAGGGUCUAUUGAGGCAUCAGUUUUUGAGCGCGCAAAAUCAUUCAAUGUAAAUAGAAAGGGAUGUCGACUAAGUCACUUCUACUAAGCAUUUUCAGACUUCUCGGGCAAUUAUUGUUCCGAUCAACUUGGAACAUCAUACUGGAUAAGCAGUUUCUUUCAGCACUGUGCGGUAGAGUAGUGGAUUGCUACAUGAAAUAUUCAACGAUUUCAAUCAUUGCCAUCUUACUUAAUGUGACUGUUUAAGCUUUGAAUGUAUGGUAGUCAGAAUACUGACUUUAUCAACUUAUUUUCCA